AAAUUAAUUCAACGCUAAAACGCGCCGGGUGCAUACUUAUUACACUCUCUCACUCUCGUACGUAAAAGUACUCCGUCGCUUCUUGUUCCUUGCCAAGCACUCUCAAGUGAUAGCAGUCUGUUACAUUUUCAGCAUCCUCCUCAACUUACAGUUCACAGGAUGGGGGCAGGAAGGCAAACGCAGACUUUCACUGGAAAUUCACCUUCUACAGAUCCAACAUAUACCCAUGCAGCUGCUAGAAAUCUGGGAAAGCACCAGCUUGGUGGUGUUAUAUUUGGCUGCAAGAAUAACACCAUCAAAGAAUGUUUAACUAAUCAACUGUUUGGUUUACCAGCUCACCACUUUAUUUAUGUAAAGAACAUUGACACUGGCCUACCACUUUUUCUAUUCAACUACAGUGAAAGAAAACUUUAUGGCAUCUAUGAAGCUGCCAGCCCUGGCAGAAUGAACAUUGAUCCGUAUGGGUGGACUACUGAUGGUUCUAAGAGAACCCUGUAUCCUGCACAGGUUCAGAUUUGUGUCAAAUUGAAAUGCCAACCUCUGCUUGAAGAACAGUUUAAACCAGUAAUUAAAGACAAUUACUACACUGAUCAUCAUUUCUGGUUUGAGCUUGACCAUUCUCAGGCAAGCAAGCUGAUAUCACUAGCAUCUUUAACGGUUUCAACAAGCACUUGUUGUCCUUUCAAAUCAGCAAGGCAGAGAAACAUUUUCCAACCUCUUUCAACCACUGACAAGGAAGAGGAAGGUAACAGGUUUGAGCGGCUUGCUACAGAGCCUGACCUUACAAAGUACUUAGGCUGUAUUUCAGAUUCUGAAGAUGCUGCUCCUGUUGGUGAAAUGAAUGGGGGGUGUAAAUUGCUUCAGCCACUUCCUUUGGAGGUUGAUCAAUGUAAUGAUGUGACUAGGAAAAUGGAUUCUAGAGAUGAUGCUCCACUAAAUGGAGACAACCAGCUAUUGGAAGCUCAUACAAAUGUGAAUAUGGUGGAACAAGAUGAGAAAGAGAAUAUACUCAAGAAACUGAAAGAAUUGGCUUUUAACCGUAGAAGUGAAGACGUUCCUUUAACUGAUUAUGUAGAUGAACCUGCUUUUACGAGGGACAUGUGCCCGGGAAACAGGGUUUCUAUUUGUGAAAAGAUUAGCUCUGAUGAGAAGAAUGAAGAGAAUAGUUGUUCCUCUUCUUAUUGUCGGUCUGUCAUAGCUAAGUUGAUUCAAGAGGUGGAAGAGCUUAAAGAAUUUAAAGCAGAACAAACUCUAAAGAUGAGAUAUUUGGAGCAGAAGCUGGUUGAGGCAGAAACUGAAAUCCAGCAGUUGAAAAUUCAUCGUAUGGUGGUGCAUUCUGGGUCUAAUCCUCCCAUUGAACUAAGUGAUAAAGAGGCCAUAGAGUCCUUAGAAGAUUUUUGUGUUAAUCCUACUGAGUCAAUAUAUCUAUUGGGUGGAUAUGAUGGAGAAUCAUGGUUAUCAACGUUGGAUUCAUACGUUCCAUUGCGAGGUGUGAUUAAAUCUUUACAUCCAAUGAACUUCGUUCGUUCAUUUGCUUCAGUUGCAUUGUUGAAUGGUGAGGUUUAUGUCUUUGGUGGUGGGGAUGGAUGCACGUGGUACAAUACAGUUGAAUCAUACAGCCCAGGUAAUGAUGAAUGGACCCUGUGCCCUUCCUUGAAUCAGGCAAAGGGUGGCUUAAGUGGAGUUGCUUUUGAUAACAAAAUAUAUGCAAUUGGUGGUGGGAAUGGUGUUGAAUGCUUUUCAGAUGUUGAAAUGUUUGAUUUGAAGCUUGGACGAUGGAUUGGUAUGUUGUCACUGCAACAGAAGCGAUUUUCUCUUGCUGCUGCGGAAAUUGAUCGUGUGCUUUAUGCUACUGGCGGAUUUAAUGGGAAGGAAUAUCUGAAUUCUGCAGAAAAAUUUGACCACAGAAUGCGGUAUUGGGAACCAAUUGCAAGCAUGAACUCAAAGAGAGCCUGCCACUCAGUGGUUGUUUUGAAUGGAAAACUAUAAGCACUUGGUGGUUACGAUGGCAGUGCGAUGGUUUCAAGUGUUGAAAUUUAUGAUUCACGUAUGGACUCAUGGAUAUCUGUGGACCCGAUGAAGGAGGCAAGAGGAUAUUCUGCUGCUGUUGUUUUGAAAGAGUCUAUAUACGCCAUUGCAGGAGUGGCUGAAGGCCACAGAAUAUUGGAUACGGUUGAAUGUUACAAAGAGGGACGGGGCUGGGAAGUAAUUAAUGUAAUUGGGAAGAGGAGUUUCAUGUCAGCUUUUACCUUGUAGUCACACAGGAGAACUCUUUUUUUUGUUUUUUUUUUAAUUCUCAAUAUUAGUUUUGAAGCCUAUCGGGCAGAGGCUUAUCUCUGUCACAUCUUUUAUGGGAUGAGAGCAAGGUGUAGAUAAUAAGAAAACUUAAUCAUUUUGUACAGCCAGAUAAUUCAGUCGUCUGAAAAUCUCCACGUUUUUCAGAUGGUUGAAGGGAUUGUGAGACUAAGCCAAGGUUUAGAAGGAAUUCAAUGUAGAUCCUUUUAAUUUUUGUUUUGAAUUUUGGAAACUGUAUAUAAGGUGAUCAAAUUGUCAAUUUUUAUGGCAAUUAUUAUAAAAUCCAAAGAUGUCAUCUUAUGACAUUAAGAUGACGAUGAUACUUGUCACAA